AUGAAGGUUAUCGAAAGGGGCAGCGACCGAAGAGCACAGGUCAACAUCUAUGUCGAUGGCCAGGUCGCGGCGCUUAAGGAAUACGAUCAGUACAUCGACUCACGAGACAAUGCCAUUUGCUGUUAUGUGGCCAUUGACGAAGGUCACAAGCCUCGAGUUGGCGGCAGGUUCACGGGCACUACUCUGGCCGUGGCCUAUGACACCAUCGUGGACGGAGUGCUACGAAAAGCCAACUCAUAUGUCGCAAAAGCUGUAAGCUUGCAGACCAACAGGAAGAUUGAUACCGAAAAGUUCCUAUGCAAGAAUGGGAAAGAGACCAUCGACACCGAGAUGACCGCAACUCCUCUGUUGAAUGUGGUCAUGACACAAGGUGACGGGCCUGAAACCAUCGGAACGAUCGAGCAUCGCUUGUACAUCACGCGACAAUUGGGUGUUUCUCACGAAGUUAGUAACGUGAGAAAAUACUACGAAAUCGAAGGUGGUGUUGAAGAGGAUUAUCCGGGCAGCACGGAGCAGAAGGCAAGCUACAAGAAGGUACCUCCAACUUUGAAGAUGUCUUUGGAAGAAAACAUCGUUCCGUUGGAGGGUACGCAGCCGAGCCUGCACAAGCGCAGGGCAGAUGCAAAGCGUCCCGACGAUUUCGAGGACCGAGACAUGAUCAUGACCUUUGACCCCAACGAUCCGGGAUUGGCAGACCCGCAUACUCUAGCGCUGGAGCCUCUUCCUCCUCUGGUUUUGGGUGCAAGGCCCGCAUCAAAGAACGACGGAGAUGCUUCGUCGCGAUCAGAAUCGCCAAUGCCUACCACCACGCCAGCGAGAAGCGCACAGUCAGAGAACAAGGCCCUUGCGCCCUCCGAACAACCAACUGCGACGCCCAAGCAGGCAAUUGCCAAUGGAGAUACUGACAACAGCACCUCUACCUCUAAUCCCGGUAGCGGUGGUGAGAAAGUCACAGCAAAGAUCGCCGCUGCGCCUUCUGUGCCGGUAGCCGAUAUGAUUGCGAAAGUAUCCAGCCUUCCAGGAACCGGUACUAAGCCCGCGAACGUGCACCCAGACAAAUCUGUAGCCGUAGCGAAGGAGACAGUCACAAAGCCUUCCCCUUCCCCGUUGGCUACAGCAAAGAAACCCCCGCAGUCCAACACUCCGGCAAAGAAACAGGUCGCAAAACCAGCGUCUAUCAGUACCAGCACAGUCAACGGUCAGAAGAAGCCAGGUACCCCUACCCCAGCAGUUGUACCGGCAAAGCGUCCAUCUUCCACUACCAACGGCGUAACACCACCAGAGCCAAAGCGUACGAUGCCUACGCCUACGCCCACGUUACCUAUAGCCCAGCCUGUAGUACCGCGCUCCUCUACACCUAAGACGCUUUCGAUUGAGCGCCAACUCGCAGACCAGCGCAAGAAACUCGAGGACAUGCGAAAGAUGCGUAUGGAGACCGCCAAGAAGCAGGCUGAGAUCGAUGAGCAGAUGGGUCCAUAUAAGCAACGUAUGGCUGAGGAACUGGACCGUCUCAACCAAGAGAUGAUCGAAAUGGAGAGCGCCUACACUGAGGAGGCAGAGCACUACAACGCCAGCGUUGAGGUCCUACAGGAGUUCAAGAAGGCGGACGGCGACAAUGAAUAG